GGUGCCGGGCGGUGCCGGGCCGAGCUCCGGCGGGCGGGGGCGCGGGAUGGAGGUGAUCAGGAGCAAUUUUAAGGAUAACCUUAACAAAGUGUAUGAAGCCAUUGAAGAGUCGGACUUCCUGGCCAUCGAUGGAGAGUUUUCAGGGAUCAGUGAUGGGCCUUCAGUUAGUGCAUUAACAAAUGGCUUUGACACUCCAGAAGAAAGGUAUCAGAAACUUAAAAAGCAUUCCAUGGAUUUUUUGCUCUUUCAGUUUGGUCUUUGCACUUUUAAAUAUGAUGACACAGAAGAAAGGUAUAUAAUGAAGUCAUUUAACUUCUAUAUUUUUCCAAAACCCUUUAACAGAAAUUCACCAGAUGUCAAGUUUGUCUGUCAGAGUUCAAGUAUAGAUUUUUUAGCAAACCAAGGAUUUGAUUUUAAUAAAGUUUUUCGCAACGGAAUUCCUUAUUUAAAUCAGGAAGAAGAAAGACAGCUACGGGAACAGUAUGAUGAAAAACGUUCUCAAGCCAAUGGUGCAGGAUCUCUGUCAUACAUUUCUCCUAAUUCCACAAAGUGCCCUGUAACAAUUCCUGAAGAUCAGAAAAAAUUUGUUGAUAAAGUAGUGGAACAGAUAGAAGACUUACUAAAGAAUGAAGAAAGUGAAAGUUUGGAACUGGAGCCAUGUACAGGAUUUCAAAGGAAAUUAAUUUAUCAGACCUUGAGCUGGAAGUAUCCAAAAGGUAUCCAUGUGGAAACUCUGGAGUCAGAUAAGAAGGAGAGAUAUAUUGUUAUUAGUAAGGUAGAUGAAGAGGAACGAAAAAGAAGAGAGCAGCAGAAACAAGCAAAAGAACAGGAAGAAUUGAAUGAUGCUGUAGGAUUUUCCAGAGUUGUUCAUGCCAUUGCUAAUUCUGGCAAGCUUGUUAUUGGGCACAACAUGCUGCUGGAUGUUAUGCACACCAUACAUCAGUUCUAUUGUCCUCUACCUGAUGACCUAAGUGAGUUCAAGGAAGUAACAUCAUGUGUCUUUCCCCGGUUACUGGAUACUAAAUUGAUGGCAAGUACACAACCUUUUAAGGAGAUCAUUAAUAAUACAUCGCUUGCAGAACUGGAAAAGCGUUUAAAAGAGGUUCCAUUCAGCCCUCCUAAAGUUGAAAGUGCAGAAGGAUUUCCAAGUUAUGAUACAGCAUCUGAACAACUCCAUGAAGCAGGAUAUGAUGCUUAUAUUACUGGACUGUGCUUCAUUUCCAUGGCUAAUUUCCUAGGUUCAUUCCUCAGUCCUCCGAAAAACCAUGUGUCUGCUAGAUCAAAACUCAUUGAACCUUUUUUUAACAAGUUAUUUCUUAUGAGAGUAAUGGACAUACCAUAUCUCAAUUUGGAAGGACCAGACUUGCAGCCCAAACGAGAUCAUGUUCUUCAUGUUACUUUUCCCAAAGAGUGGAAGACUAGUGACCUAUACCAGCUUUUCAGUGCCUUUGGUAACAUUCAGGUUUCAUGGAUUGAUGAUACAUCAGCAUUUGUAUCAUUGAGCCAGCCAGAGCAAGUACAAAUAGCUGUAAACACCAGCCGGUAUGCUGAAAGUUAUAGGAUCCAGACAUAUGCAGAAUAUGUGGAGAAAAAACAUGAAGAAAAACAAGCCAAGAGAAAAUGUACAGAAGAUAGCUGGAAGGAGAUGGAGAGGAAGAGGUUAAAAACCCAGUGCACACCUUACGUUUCCCAGAGUCGAUACUACUGUGUUAACAGUUUUACAGGUACCAGUACAGUGGGAAAGAGAAGCAUGAGCCCUAUUGAGGAAGAAACUGGUUCUGAUGAUAUGGAAGAGGGAGAAGGCCAAGAUCCAGAAAAUGAUCAGACAGACUCCUGUGCAGAGUCUCUUCCAGAUGGUAAGAAGAGAGCCAAAAAGUUUAAAAAGAUCAAGACAGAACAAGUUCCAGCAGGAAGCCUCACAACUAGUUCCACUGGGAUCUUUGAGGUCCCUGAAACAUGGUAGGAAACAACUGCCUUAACAAGUGGAAAUGACUGAAAGCAGUUGAGAGAAUACACCUCUUGGAAGCCAUACUUUAUUUAAAUAAAGUGGUGUUAACAAAGCAGUAUGUGUCCUGAAAAUCAGUUUAAUUAUUUUAAACUGUUUCUUGAACAAUCACUGUCAGUUUUACUCAUGUGUAUAUCACCUAGUAUAUGACUUGUUGUUGAUCCUGUGAAAUCCUUGCUGUUGUAACUGAUGUUAGGUUUAAGAAGCAAGACUCAAUGUCCUUUGGUCACCUCCUUUUGCAUGCUGGUUAUGAGCUGUACAAGAACUGGCACUCUGUGAUUUUGUGCUAGGCUGUUUCCUCUGCCUGGGGAGUUACCACAGCUCUCCUAAUAUUUAGCUAUUCUUUGAGGCAGCAUCACUAUGCUGUCAGCAUUCUGGAAACAGGUAGAACUGCAGUUUCACAUAUUGCUUUCUACCUGUUACUUUGUCCAGGAACAUUUUUGAAAUUCUGUUCUCUACCCCCACCCCCAGUGCAGGUGGUAUUCAUCUAAAUACCAGCCUUACAUAUACCUUACCCUUUCAAAAAACUGUAACUUAAAAGUUUCUCAAACAUUAAUUUCCUGGUGGGAGGUAGUUUUUCUUUGUUUUCACAUCUGUUGUUUCCACUUUUAAAUCCUGAUUUUGUAAAAAAUGUUUUUUGGUACCUGUGAUAAACCUGCUAACUGCACCAGCCCUUUAGAUUUCAGAAAAUGUUUGAUAUUUAAAUUUUUGUAUCAUGGAAAUAAAACCAAAAUAUGUAUUUCCAUAACAUGAAAAUUAAAGACAUUUUCUUAGGAA